UCCAUAGAACUCCUCACUUUAAUCCCGGUACCCGGCUUUUUAAUUCUUUCGUCACUUUGUUCAGUCUUUAAAUAUACAUUGCUCCCAUUUGAAUUACCAUCGUUUAUCAUAUACGGCUCUAAGUUUUUCAGUUUUUAUAUACCGUGAAUCCUUCGAAUUAAUCAAGAUGUACCGCCUAUCUGCUCUUGCCAGAAACAAUGUCCCUAAAUAUCUUGCCAGGAAUUAUGCCAAAGAUAUUAAAUUUGGUCCAGAAGUUCGAAAACUCAUGCUUGAAGGAGUUGAUAUCCUUGCUGAUGCUGUCGCUGUUACCAUGGGGCCAAAAGGUCGUAAUGUAAUCUUGGAACAAAGCUGGGGCUCCCCUAAAAUCACCAAAGAUGGUGUGACUGUUGCCAAGGGUAUUGAAUUAGCAGACAAAUUCCAGAAUAUUGGUGCCAAGUUAGUACAAGAUGUAGCAAAUAAUACCAAUGAUGAAGCUGGUGAUGGUACCACAACAGCUACUGUAUUAGCACGCGCUAUUGCUAAAGAAGGAUUUGAAAAAAUUAUUAAGGGGGCUAAUCCUGUUGAAAUUAGACGAGGUGUUAUGUUGGCUGUUGAUACAGUGAAAACGCAUUUAAGUACUUUAUCUAAAAAAGUGGAAUCUGCAGAUGAGAUUGCACAAGUUGCCACUAUUUCUGCCAAUGGAGAUACUAGUAUUGGAAAACUUAUUUCUUCUGCUAUGGAAAAGGUAGGAAAAGAUGGUGUUAUAACCGUAAAAGAUGGAAAGACUUUAGAAGAUGAGUUAGAAAUUAUUGAGGGCUUGAAAUUUGAUAGAGGCUACAUUUCACCAUAUUUUAUUAACUCAACUAAGGGUGCUAAAGUAGAAUUCCAAGAUGCUUUAGUAUUAUUCAGUGAGAAAAAAAUUUCUUCUGCUCAAUCAUUAAUUCCUGCUUUAGAAUUAGCUAAUGCUCAGCGCAAACCACUUGUUAUUGUUGCUGAAGACUUAGAUGGUGAAGUUACAGGAAUGCUAGUUUUAAAUAGAUUGAAGAUUGGUCUGAAUGUUGCGGCUGUCAAAGCACCAGGAUUUGGAGAUAAUCGCAAAUCUACGUUAACUGAUAUGGCUAUUGCAACUGGAGGUGUUGUAUUUGGUCAAGAAGGUAAUGAAAUAAAAAUUGAAGAUAUUAAAGCAGGUGAUUUUGGUCAAGUGAAGGAAGUUGUUAUUACCAAAGAUGACACUUUGCUUUUAAAAGGAAAUGGUGUACCAUCUGACAUUGAACAAAGAGCUGAGCAAAUUAGAGAUCAAAUUAAGGAUACAUCAUCCGAAUAUGAAAAAGAAAAAUUACAAGAACGACUUGCUAGAUUAGCAUCUGGUGUUGCUGUGUUAAAAAUUGGUGGAAGUAGUGAAGUAGAAGUCAAUGAAAAAAAAGAUCGUGUUACUGAUGCACUUAAUGCUACCCGUGCAGCUGUUGAAGAAGGUAUUGUUCCUGGAGGUGGUACUGCUCUUAUUCGUUGUUCUUCUGCACUGGAUACUAUUAAAGUAGCAAAUGCAGACCAAAAAAUUGGCAUUGAAAUUGUGCGUAAGGCUCUAACCAUGCCUUGUAUGACAAUUGCUCGAAAUGCUGGUGUUGAUGGUAGUGUUGUUGUUGCUAAAGUAUCUGAAGGUAAAGAUGGUUUUGGAUAUGAUGCAUUAAAUGAUGAAUAUGUAAACAUGAUUGAAAAAGGAAUUAUCGAUCCAACCAAAGUUGUGAGGACAGCUUUAACUGAUGCUGCUGGUGUUGCAUCUCUGUUGACUACAGCAGAAGCAGUCAUAACUGAGUUACCAAAAAAGGAUGACCCAUCACCAGCUGGUAUGGGUGGCAUGGGUGGAAUGGGUGGUAUGGGAGGAAUGGGAGGAAUGGGUGGCAUGAUGUAACACUUAAUUUAGAAAUCACAAAGACUGACAUCGCGUGUGUGACAUAAUAUUUUUCUAUCCUAGUUAUAUGUUGUUCUCGAUGUUUUAUUUUAUAAAUAUCAAAUUUAUUAAUUAUUAGUAAAGCAAUUAGGUUUUUUUUACAUAUUUUUAAAUUCAUGUGUUUUAUGUACAAAUAGGUUGUCUUUUCCAUUACUCACAUGUUAGAUUAUUGCAUAGAUGUUGAAUUGGAAAUUGUACAAAUUAUUUUAAGACCAUAAAAACUCAUUCCAAAAAUA